GCUCAAAGACCACCCCAGAUCCGGCGACUUCGUCAUGUCGGAGCAUGUGGAUGAGGAUGAGGCAGCAAGCAGCAUGGAGCCAAAGUACCGGCCCAUUGUUCCACCUCCUUUGGAGAUUGGUGACUCCGAAGUGCAAGUCUUUGUUGGUGAAUGGGACGCGGAGGGCGUCUUCGUCUACCAGGCCUUCAAUGACGAAAUUGCCGACUGGGCCUUGCAGCACCAGCGAUUCGGGGGCCCGGACUUCAACACGUCCCGCAUGACCUGGAUCAAGCCAUCGUUCGGGUGGGUUCUGUACAGAUCAGGCUACGGUUCUAAGCACGGGCAGAAUCGGGUGCUAAAGGUGAAGCUGCCUCACGCAGCGCUCGCGGAGAUCUUGGCACGGUGUCAGUGUGUGGACACCAACAAGGCGACCAGGGAAGAAGACCUCAUUGAGACAAAUGAGGAGGGCAGCAGUGGGCGAGUCCAGUGGGACCCUGAGAGAGACAUGCUGUCCGCAGAUGGCAGGGAACCGCGGCGCAUGCUCCGCCGCCGCGCCAUUCAGAUCGGAAUGUCCGGAAAGCUCUCGGAGUUUUAUGUGUCAAGCACUCUUAGCAUCCAGGACGUCACACGGCUGGCGCACCGGAUCAAGCUGGCCCACCGUUCCAAGAAAAGCGGCGCUGCAAUCGACGAAAUGCUCCGAAACCUGGAGUUUCCCCUGGAGCGCCCGUACAUGCCCAUGUGUACAGAACGCAUACUCUGCAAUUUAGGCAUGCUGCCAGGGGGAACCGCAACGGCCAUUGCCCGCAUAGGCAGAGGCAAGGCUAUGGCAGAAAAACAUGAGCAAUAAUGCAAUGAUCAACUGGCAAUAUUGAA